GGUAUCCGUAUGUGGGUGAAUGUAGAUAGAUGACUUCAAGGAUAUAUAAACAAAUCCCAAACAAGAUGAUUCAGAGAUAGCAGCAGAUAGAAGACGAUGACGCUCUUUUAAGACAAAAAAACGUCAACGAAGAAAGGGGGAGGAGGUAGGGGAGCAGUGUUCAAAGUACGAUGGAAGAGGAAGAGAAUCCACGAGGCGAUGAAGAGUGAAGAGGGAAAGACACAAUGGCAUCUAGAGAUACAACGCGAGCCGGAUGCAUGUUUUAUAUGUUUCGAUGCAGAGAGCGAACGGAAUCAAAAAUGGACACAGCAAGAGAGAGAGGGGGGGGGCAGAGAGCAGAUGGUGGUGGCGCUCAGACGUGCAUCGAGUUCAUCGAUGGUGGUCGAAUCUCUGCACGGAAGCCAAGGAUGUAUCACCGAAGGCCAGAUCUGCGACACACCCUCAACAGGGAAGACGCAUCUAGAGCACUACCCAGAUAGUUUAGCUCGAUAUGACAUACAGAUCGAUUGUGGGCGUGAUAAUUAUUUGUUCUGGUGGUUCUUUUUGGGCUCUGCAGCAGCCCACAUCAUCCGCAGCAUCCCUCCAUCCCCUCCUCCUUCUCUCUUCCCCCAUGAUGGGCGGGGAAGCAGUGAUGGGCUUCCGGCAGAGUUCGACGAAGAACCCACCCUUCCAACACUAGUGUUCGGGGAGAGAGAGCGCUGAAUCUCUGUCACAAAAUGCACAGACGUGAGGCGACGAGCGAUCAACGAAUCAACGUGCCAUCAGGGCGAUGGAGAGACUGACUCGAUGGGGAUUCAGGACCCUUGAUUUGUCACCGCCGCUGUGGUUCUUCGAUCUACAUGUUAAAGAUUCAGCCUCCCCUUGCAUCUCCUCCAUCAAUAGUUCGUCCGGCCAAUGAUCAUGAUCCGUCAGACAAUAAUCUCAUGAGGGCCCGCGUUCCCGAAAAUAGCCUCGAAGCAAAACGUUCCCAUCGUCUGGUAAGCGCGUC